UGUAAUGCUGCCGCACUUUUGACAUUUUUUGCCUUCUCAUGGUGCAAACCUCUUGGCUUUCGUCUGCUUCUUCACAGUUACAGUAUCUCUAUAUCCAUGCAUGGUUGAAAUUAGGGCUGCAGCUAUCGAAUAUUUUAGUAAUCGAGUAUUUGACUAAAAACUAACAUUUAAUUGAGUAAUUGGAUUUAAAAAAAAAAAUUAGGUAAUGAGCUGUUAUAUUUAUAAUAAUGAAUGAAUUUAUUAUCAUCAUCAUCAAAAUCAUUGACAGUUUCAGAGUGUGGAAUUUUACCCGAAGGAAAGACGAAGACAGACAAGGAAAGACGGGAAAAGCAGAUGCUUAUCGAAAUGCUUAUAUAUGAGAAAACAAGACAUUUCACUUAAUAUUGAACCAUUUUCAGACAAUCAAUGUCUUUAUUUUUGAUGUACAUUGUUGAAAACGGCCUACAAUUGCAUCUCAGAUGGGACUAAAAAGAAAAACAACAAAUUCAUGGCUUUCACUCAAAAAACUUCUAGAUCUUAUUAAAAAAAAACAAAAAAACCCUCUUAUUUCUUACCUAAAGAUGUCAUUACGCUCAAAACAAAUCAUUUAAAAGUAGGGUUGGACAUCGAGCAUUGAGCAUCGAUGGGACCCGGUUCUAACAGUCUGGUUCUCCCAGAACAGUUCAAAUUUUUACAUUUCGAAAAGAUCCAGCAAUGACUACUGAGCUAAAAUUGACAGUUAGCUUUAUUCUGUUUUUAUUUUACACCCUUAUCACUCAGCACUGUUUUUACAGAUUAAAUAAAGCCUGUAUGUAAGGCACGUUAGCCACACAUCGACAGUAGUCAUAACUAAUAGAAAGCUAGCCCACCAUAGGGCUAACGUUCCCUUAGCAAGGUACGGUAAUGAUCUCAUCUUAUUUAUUAGCGCUGAGAAGUCUACUGCUUUAAGAUGGUGGCUGUUUACUAAUGGUGGUGAGUCUCAUUUCUCAUCUAGUUCUAUAUACAUGGACGAAAUUUUACAUGGCACUCCAGUACAAAACGUGUUUAAUUAAAAUAAAUAAUCUGUAAUAAAUAUCAAUUUUUAAACUCAAGUUACUCGAGCACUGGUUUCAGCUCUAAAUAACAAAUAAAUAAAAAUAAUGAAUUAUAAACUCACUACUUAUAAACUUCAUUCACUGUACUUAAACUUGGUGCCUGCCGUUGUUAUUUUGAGACAGAAGCGCUGUGUGAGCAAUAUGAGAUAUGGCCUUAUUGCUACUAUUGCUAAAUAUACUGGUGCAAUAUGGCACUUUUUCUAUAACUUCAGUUGAAUUUCUCUUAUUUUUCACAGAAUGUUUAUCGGAAUACCUUGAAGUUGUUACAUUUAUCUUUAUUAAUGUAUUCAGUGGGGCAUCACAAUACAAUUAGCCAUGAAAUGUUCAAUCCACGAGCACAUAUAUCAGUAUCGGUUUGAUAUAGGAUUUUUGGAACCGGACAAUAUCUGUUAUAAGUUAAAAAGUCAUUAUCGGACAACUCUGCUUACAAUUUGUGUGUGUGAAACUAUCUGCAGUUGGGUAUGGACAUUAAAAUUAGUUUGAAAUGGCAUCAAAUGAGAUUAGCAGAUACCUGCAGAAACCCUGAGCUUGUUUUGCUGUUAAUUACUUGCAUCGUAAAAUACCAAUGAAUGAUUUCCAGACCCAUAUAUCGGUAAUUGUUGCAUUGCCAUAUCGUGAGCAUUGUAUCGCUUAGUAUCAUGAACUACCCAGAGGUUCCCACCCCUAAUAUCUCCCUCUAAAAUUUUUUAGCCUUUUGCAACUACAACUGAAAGCCCAGUUUAUCCUACUAGCUGCUUUAUUAGCAUUCUCCUUUUCCGUCAGAUUUUUAUGUAUGGAAAAUGAAACGGUGAUGCUAAGAGCCUCAACUCGAGGAUUGGGGUCAACUGGAUAGCCACUGCUUUUAGGAUCAUCAGCAGGUUUUGUCUUAAACGGAUUUGGCUGGAGGAGCUGAAUCAACUGUGUCCCAGGAUUACAGGAAUGACAUUGGAAGAUAGUCGAGCAGAACCAGCGACACUUUCGUCGGCCAGCUCCCAUAAAUCGCACGCUAGCGUUUCACCUGUAGCACAGUCUUGUUCUAAAAGUCGGAAUUCAGGCUAAUUUUAGGAGCUCUUUAACGGAUCAGGAAGAGUCUAGGCGGCGGAGCAAAGCACACUAUUAGCAGAGGAAAAUGAGUGAACUGGAUCAGCUACGCCAAGAGGCUGAACAGCUCAAGAACCAGAUCCGAGAUGCCAGGAAAGCGUGUGCUGAUGCUACCCUGUCUCAGAUUACAGCGAACAUCGACCCCGUUGGGCGAAUUCAGAUGCGCACUCGGCGAACACUGAGGGGGCAUCUGGCUAAAAUCUAUGCCAUGCACUGGGGCACUGACUCGAGGCUUUUGGUUAGCGCCUCCCAGGAUGGAAAACUCAUUAUUUGGGACAGCUACACCACAAACAAGGUCCAUGCCAUACCGCUGCGCUCCUCUUGGGUGAUGACGUGCGCGUAUGCCCCUUCUGGUAACUAUGUCGCCUGCGGGGGAUUGGACAACAUCUGCUCUAUCUACAACCUGAAGACCCGCGAGGGAAAUGUGCGUGUUAGCCGUGAGCUGGCCGGACACACAGGCUACCUGUCCUGCUGUCGUUUCCUGGAUGACAACCAGAUUGUCACCAGCUCUGGAGACACCACCUGUGCUCUGUGGGACAUUGAGACCGGACAGCAGACAACUACAUUUGCUGGCCACACUGGGGAUGUUAUGAGUCUUUCCCUGGCACCCGACACCAGGCUGUUUGUAUCCGGGGCUUGCGAUGCCUCGGCCAAACUCUGGGACAUCAGAGAAGGAAUGUGCCGGCAGACCUUCACUGGCCACGAGUCUGACAUCAAUGCCAUUUGUUUCUUCCCCAACGGCAAUGCCUUUGCCACGGGCUCAGACGAUGCCACCUGCCGGCUGUUCGAUCUGCGCGCCGACCAGGAGCUGAUGGUGUACUCGCAUGACAAUAUCAUCUGUGGUAUCACCUCUGUGGCAUUCUCCAAGAGUGGCCGCCUGCUGCUGGCCGGCUACGAUGACUUCAAUUGCAACGUCUGGGACACUUUGAAGGCCGAUCGCGCAGGCGUCCUGGCCGGUCACGAUAACCGGGUAAGCUGCUUGGGUGUGACUGACGACGGCAUGGCGGUCGCAACAGGGUCCUGGGAUAGCUUCCUCAAGAUCUGGAACUAAAAGUCCGAAGACGGCGUCGCGCGGAAGACCAUUCCAACAUCACAACGUUCAAUUGUAUUGCAUAUCCAAUAUUUUCAAAACAUUAUACUGACUCGAAAACAUCCCCCCGAAACUAUUAUGGGCAAAAAAAAAUAUCUCUCUCUUUCUCCUCCUUCACCUCCUUCUUUAAAGAGCACAAUCAAUUGCCUGUCACUCAUUCAACUAUACAAGGAAUUUGUUGUCUCAAAAUGAACGUUUAGAUGGCCAUCUUUUUUGUUCUUUUUCCACUUUUGACCUAUUAGUCUGUUAAAAUAAGGAUCAAAUCUGUUUUCUUUGCUAAUCUUGACAUGUUUUCAUUUGAAAAUUAUCCUCGGAAAUCCAGCUUUACCUAGCGGAGAACAAAGUGAGAGAAUUUUCAAGCCCCGCUGUAUAUUUAGACCUGUAAAAUGUUUUUUUUUUUUUUUUAAACCCUCCCCCCUGUGUCAUCCACAAAUUCUCGUUUGCACAAAAUUGAAACUUUGCAUCUAUAUUGUCUCAAGAAGAAAAACGACAAACUAACCAAGCACAUGCCGUGAGGAAUGCUCGUUUUUAAGACACAAAAUAAGAAAAGGAAAAAAAAAAUACUCAUUCUCCCACCUUUUUUGUCUGGCUACACUCUAGAUCAGGGGUGUCAAACGUUGUGGCUAUUAUCAUUAUUAUUAUUAUUAUUAUUAUUAUUCAUACUGUACAUACAGAAUCGCAUGCUUUUAUUUUGACAGGGCCCUGUAAAACCGGGGAUUUCUGCACUACUGCACGUGGCUCACUUGUCCGCAGUCACAUUUGUUCAUUCGCCUCCUUAUUGUUAAAAUGACAAAGAAUUGGCCUAAUAAUGCCCCGAAAACAACAGGAAGUAAUCAAGAAAUGCCCUAAAAUCAAAUGGCAGUGACCAAUGAACAAGACGUGGCCCAGAGAUGCCCGACAACCAACAAGAAAUGAUCCAAAAUGUAUAAGAAGUGACCACAAAAUGACCUAAAAUCAAUAGGCAGUGACCAAUGAACAAGAAGCGACCCGGAAAUGUCCUAAAAUCAACAAGAAAUGAUCCAAAAUGUACAGUGAGUGAGCCCAUAAUGGCCCAAAACCAACAGACAGUGACCAAUGAACAGGAAGUGGCCCAGAAAUGGCAUGAAAUCAACAGGCAAAGACCAAUGAACAAGAAGUGACCUGAGAAUGUCCUAAAAUCAAGAGGAAAUUACCUGAAAUCUACAGGAAGUCACCUGGAAAUGCCCAAACAAAUUAACAGGCAGUUGCGAAUGAACUAGAAGUGGCCUGGAAAUGCCCUAAAAUUAACAAGAAAUGAUCCAAAAUAUACAGGGAGUGGCCCAGAGAUACCCUAAAAUCGAUAGGCAGGGAACAAUGAACAGGAAUUGGCCCAGAAAUGCCCUAAAAUCCACAAGAAGCAACCCGGGAAUGCCCAGAAAUCAACAGGAAGUCACCUGGAAAGUGACACGAAAUCCACAGGAAAUAUCCUGGCAGUGACCAAGGAAAAGGAAGUGGUUCGGGAAUGCCCUAAAAUCAACAGGAAAUGACCUGAAAUAAACUGGAAGUGAGCCAUAAGUACCCUAACAUUACAAGAAGUGACACGAAAUCAACAGGAAAUAACCUGGCAGUAACCAAGGAAAAGUGGUCCGGGAAUUCCCUAAAAUCAACAGAAAACAAUCCAAAUGUACAGUAAGUGAGCCAUAAGUACCCUAACAUUACAAGAAGUGACACGAAAUCAACAGGAAAUAACCUGGCAGUGCCCCAAAAUAAACAGGCAGCGACCCAUGAAAAGGAAGUGGUUCGGGAAUGCCCUAAAAUCAACAGGAAAUGACCCAAAAUCAACAGCACCUAACCUAGAAAUGACCCGAAAUCGACUCGCAGCGAUCAGUGAACAUGAACUGACCCGUACGUACCUUAAAUUUGCAAUGAAGUGAUGCAGAAAUACCCAGAAAUCAAAUCCAAAAAUCAACAGGAAGCAACCAAUAAACAAGAAGCAGCCUGUAAAUGCCCAAAAAAUCAAUAGAAAAUGACCCGUAAGUACCCUAAAAUGAUAAGAAUAGACUUCCAAUUCACUUAUUAUGAAAGGCCUGUCUGUGAAUGCUAAUCUUCCUAUCCCAUUGAUGUCUAUUACUGUCAUUAGUAGUUCACUUGUAGGACCAAAAAUAAACUGGUCCGGCCCACAAGAUAUCUAAAUCCCAUAAAUGUGGAAAAAGUUUGACACCCCUGGUCGAAAGCUUAUCGAAACGAAAAUUAGCCUUUUGGCUCAUAACCCACCCACCCUUUCCUUCCCUUUUCUGUUCUGUAGUUUGAGUGGCUCCAUUUUAGUCCAACUGCUUUCCAGAACCUUCUCAAACAGCGGUGCCCCAUUCCGUUCUUGGAAAUGCAGUUACUACUCUGUGAAUGAUAUUGUUGUAUAAAUCAAUGUUUGAAAAUAAUAUUGAAACUUUUUAAGUUAAAAACUAAAACAAAAAACACACAAAAAAAACACGAGAAGAUUUUAGUUGUCUGCCAUGGGUGGGUUAUCUUAGAAUCGCAUGCUGUAGAAUUGCUUAAAGGUGCAUAUGGAAAUUAAGUCCUUUGAUGUUUUCUUUAAGAAAAGAACCUGUUGAAUAUAUCGAUACAGUCGUAUUUAUUUUUUUCCCCCCUAGUUUUGACUUGGUUUUUUGCUACUGCGUGCAUACUAGGGUCAGAACUUUUUUUAAUACCAUCUUGACAAUGUAUAUCAUAUUUUGAUGAACUUUUGCUCGUAAUAUUUUGGUCAAAUUUAAAUUUUGGGCCGAACUCACCUCCUUUUCCUUAGGUGGCGCCUCACACGACAAUUAACUGUGAGGAAAAUAAGUAUUUGAACACCCUGCGAUUUUGCAAGCCUUCCCACUCAGAAAUGAUGGGCGGGUUUGAAAUUUUAAUGAUGGGUGCUUGUGCACUUUGAGAGACAAUCUAAAGAAAAAAACAUCCAGAAAUUACAGUGUAUAAUUUUUUUUACAAUUUAUUUGUAUUAUACUGCUGCAAAUACAUUGCUGGCCAAAAAUAUUGACACCCCUGCAAUUGUGUCAGAUAAUACUCCAUUUCUCCCAGAAAAUGAUUGCUAUUACAAAUCCUUUGGUAUUAAUAUCUUCAUUUAUUUUGCUUACAAUGAAAAAACACAAAAUUUAAAAAAAAAAUCAUUAUCAUUUUACACAAAACUUCAAAUAUGGGCUGGUCAAAAGUGUUGGCACCCUUUGAAAAAUCAUGUGAAGCGUCUCUUAUUUGUGUAGUUAACAGCACCUGUUACUUAUCUGUGGCACAUAACAGGUGGUGGCAAUAAGUAAAUCACACGUGCAGCAAGUUAAAAUGGAUUAAAGUUGACUCAACCUCUGUCCUGAAUCCUUGUAUGUACCACAUUGAGCAUGGAGAAAAGAAAGAAGACCAAAUAACUGUCUGAUGACUUGAAAAGCAAAAUUGUGAGAAAGCGUGGGCAAUCUCAAGACUACAAGCCCAUCUUCAAAGACCAGAAUGUUCCUGUGUCUACCGUGCGUAGUGUUAUCAAUAAGUGUCAAGCCCAGGGCACUGUCGUUAACCUCCCUUGAUGUGGACGGAAAGGAAUGAUUGACGAGAGAUUUCAACGAAAAAUCGUGCGGAUGGUGGAUAAAGAACCUCGACUAACAUCCAAACAAGUUCAAGCUGUCCUGCAGUCCGUGGGUACAACAGUGUCAACUCAUACUAUCCGUCUACGUCUGAAUGAAAAGAGACUCUAUGGUAGGAUACCCAGGAUGACCCCGCUUCUGACCCAUACACAUAAAAAAGCCAGGCUUAAGUUUUCCAUAACUUAUCUGAGAAAGCCAAAAAUGUUUUGGAAGAAUAUUCUCUGAUCAGAUGAGACAAAAGUAGAGCUUUUUGGGACAAGGCAUCAACAUAGUUUACAGGGGGGAAAAAAAGAGGCCUUCAAAGAAAAGAACAUGGUCCCCACAGUCAAACAUGGCGGAGGUUCCCUGAUGUUUUCGGGUUGCUUCGCUACCUCUGGCACUGGACUGCUUGACUGUGUGCAUGGCAUUAUGAAGUCUGAAGACUACUAACCAAUUUUGCAGCAUAAUGUAGGGCCCAGUGUGAGAAAGCUGGGUCUCCAUCAGAGGUCAUGCGUCUUCCAGUAAUGACCCAAAACACACUUCAAAAAGCACUAGAAAAUGGUUUGAGAGAAAGCACUGGAGACCUCUAAAGUGGCCAGCAAUGAGUCCAGACCUGAAUCCCACACAACACCUUUGGAGAGAUCUGAAAAGGGCAGUUUGGAGAAGGCACCCUUCAAGUCUGAGACCUGGAGCAGUUGGCCAAAGAAGAAUGGUCUGAAAUUCCAGCAGAGCAUUGUAAGAAACUCAUUGAUAGAUAUCGGAAGCUGUUGUUCGCAGUUAUUUUGUCAAAAGGUUGUGCUACCAAGUAUUAGGCUAAGGGUGCCAAUACUUAUGGCCAGCACUGUACUACCUCCAUGCUUGACAGUAGGGAUGGUAGUAAUGGGAUGGUACUCAUCAUUUUUCUUCCUCCAAACACUAUGAGUGGAAAUAAGACUAAAAUGUUCCAUUUUGAUCUCAUAUGACCACAUGGAUUUCUCCCAUGACUCAUCUGGAUUUUUCAAGUGGUCAUUGGCAAACUUAAAACGGCCUGGACAUGUGCUGGUCUAAGAAGGGGGAACUUUCUGCGUCAUGCAUGCUUUUAAACCAUAUUACCAACAGUAACCUUGGAAAUGGUGGUCCCAGCUCCUUUCAGGUCAUUGACUAGCUCCUCCUGUGUAGCUCUUUGCUGAUUCCUCACCAUUGUUAGCAUCAUUGAGACCCUACGAGGUAGAUCUUGCAUGAAGCCCCAGUCCGAGGGCGAUUGUCAGUCAUGUUUGGCAUCUUCCAUUUUCUAAUAAUUGCUCCAACGGUGGAUCUUAUAUCACCAAGCUGCUUGGCAAUUGCCGUAACCCAUUCCACCCUUGUAGAAGUCUACAAUUUUCUUCUCUGGUGUUUUUGGACAGCUCUUUGACCAUGUUAGGAAUUGGAGGAGUUCCUGAUUGUAAGGGGUGGGCAGGUGUUUAUAUGCAGCUAACCGCCUCAAACAGGUCAAAAAGUCUACCUCCUCUCCACUUAUUCGUUGGACUUUUUAAAGGCGACUAAAAGGUCUUUCAGGCUCACAAUUCUAGCGAAUAGACAGGUGUACAAAUACUAAUUUGCAGCAGUAUUAUAUGUAUAAAUUGUUUAAAAAAUCAUACACUGUGAUUUCUGGGGGUUUUUUUGUUUUAGAUCUUCUCUCACGGUGGGAAAGCACCUACCGUGAGAAUCUUAAACCCGCCUAUCAUUUUUAAAUGGGAGAACUUGCAAAAUUGCAGGGUGUUCAAAUACUUAUUUUCCUCACUGUAUUAAAAAUGGCUCCUGGGAUAUGUAGUCUUUCAUGGUGCUUUCGGUUUUGAAAAAGGACAAAUGAUGGAAAUGUGGACAUAAACACAUGGUCCAUGCAGUGUUAAUGCUUAUUAAGAGAACAAUAAAACUAUAAAACUCAAAUGUCUACAGAUUGCUCGUUGUGUUACGACGAUUGAGCAACCGCUUGAAAAAAAUGCCUCAACAGCAAAAACGCGUUCCAUCUUCAUCCACUCCAUGAUGCUCACUGGGGUUCCUAAAAAAUAAAACGCAAAUAACACAAGUUAAGAACCAAACUUUAAGCCCCACCCUCUCAAAUAAGUCCAUCCCUACCAUCGUCAGAGCAACCAUCGCUUCAGGGCGCUAAAUUUAAAAAAGCAAGUUGCUCUGUCCCACCCUGUACAAUCAUUCAAAUUUGUAAAAAGCAGCAAAUGUACAAGAGAUACGAGAGAAAGAUUAAAUAUCCAUGUUGACAUUUUUUUAUUUCCCAUGGUGACAAAGUGUGGCGUGUGGAUGUCAAUUUCUAUGUUGGCCAGUGUCCUUGCAUGUGAUUUGUUGAUCAAUAAAUCGGUCGCUGAUUGGUUGUAGUGACAGAAAUAGAACCACUUCCUAUCUUCUUGUGGUAUAUAGCGUCGCUGGUCCACGUGUGCACGUAUACGAACUUCACCGAGGUUUUGAUUUCUUCUAUUAUGGCAAAAAAAAGUUCAUCCAAUCAUGAUGCAGGACUUUUUUUUUUCCCGCCAAAAAAAAGUUCUAACCCUAGUGCAUACAUAUUAUAUGGAAAAUGUCAAAGCUAUGCACAUAAGAAGCAAACCCCGCGUUAUUAACCGUUGCUUGGGAGGGAUUCCACAAACCAUUUGGACGUCAAUGUACGCAUAAAUGUACGACUAGGACAAAUUUUCCCAUUCCUUCUGUAGCAAAACGAAAUUCCACUUCAAAAUAACAUUUUAUAACUGUUUUCCUCUCCUUUAAUAAUAAAAAUAAAUAAAUAAAAAAUCUUGCAGCAUCUGAAUGGCAGACUUUUGUUUUUGUUCCUUUCUUGUAAACGGAGAUGCUUUUCAUUUUAGCGCUAGGCUAGUGCCAUUUUUCACCCCUUUAUUGUUUUUCUCUGCAACAUUCUGUACAAAAGAUGUGCUGUAAUCGUGCGUUAGGCCUGGAGUUGGCACAAAAAAAAAAAUUAAAAAAUGAAUUUAAAAAAAUGAAUUCACUUUAUUUUUCUCUUUCUCCACCAAAUAACUGUAGAGCUCUGCACCCCUUCGAUUCCCUUUUCACCUUUUGUAUUUAAUUUUCAAGUCAGUCAGUGUACAAGCGAAAGCUGGAUGCAAGAUAGAAACUAUAUUAAAAAUGUACUGUUAUUUAAGAUGUAAUAAAAAGCAGUUUGAGAUGA